UUUUUUUUUAAGGUUAUGUCAGACAUUCUUAUAUUGUUUACAUCUUAGAGUCAUAAUACAACUUUAUUUUUCAGCAAUUAAAACUACAAAAAACAAAGAAACUCAAACAAGAGUCUGCUGUAUAAGUCAAUAUGGAUGUGGGAGAGCUUUUAGAUUACAAGCCCCCCCAGACCCCUAAGCGCCCUGCAGAUGGCGAAGGGGGAGAACCUGAUCGAGAAAAAGCUAGGAAAAUGAGAAAAAUUGCCAGGGCCAAGGCUCAACAAAUGGUUAAGCCCUCAUCGCCAACACCAUCCAUGCAAAAUAUUGAUGAGUUAACUGAAGAAGAAAAAGCUGAAAUUGUUAAAUAUGUUGAGACAGAAAACACUGAGGGAGAUGUAAUGGAUCCAACCUCAAUAAAAAAGAUAGUCCUAAAUUUUGAAAAACGCUCCCUCAAAAACAGAGAGAUGCGAAUAAAAUUCCCAGACCAUCCAGAGAAGUUCAUGGAUAGCGAGUUGGAACUCCAUGAGACGCUCCAGGAAAUGAGGUUAUUAGCUACUGCACCAGAUCACUACCCCUUAGUAGUCAAAUUGCAAGUGGUUCCAAGCUUGCUGGAGUUGUUGGCUCACGAUAACACUGACAUUGCUGUAGCAACUAUAGAACUUAUGCAAGAGUUAACAGAUGUUGAUAUUCUUAAUGAGUCAGAAGAGGGAGCUGAUGCUCUUAUUGAAGCUUUGUUGGAGCAUCAAGUCAUUGCUUUAUUAGUUCAAAACCUUGAAAGAUUGGAUGAAAAUGUGAAAGAAGAAGCAGAUGGUGUACACAAUACAUUAUCGAUCAUAGAAAACCUAACAGAACUGAGGUCUGAAAUAUGUUCAGAAGCUGGCAAGCAAGGUUUACUACAAUGGUUGUUAAAGAGAUUAAGGGUAAAGACACCUUUUGACCAGAACAAAUUGUAUGUCAGUGAAAUGCUGUCUAUAAUCCUACAAGAUAAUGAGUCUAAUCGGACAUUGCUUGGAGAAUUAGAGGGUAUUGACACACUGUUGCAGCAACUCGCGUUUUACAAAAGACAUGACCCAUCUAGCGCGGAGGAACACGAAUUUAUGGAAAAUCUUUUUAAUUGCUUGUGCAGUUGUCUUUUAGUAAUUGCUAACAGGGAGAAAUUUUUAAAGGGUGAAGGUUUGCAAUUGAUGAAUUUAAUGUUAAGAGAGAAAAAGACCUCUAGGAAUGGCUCACUUAAGGUUUUGGAUUAUGCCAUGUCUGGUGUGCAUGGGAAAGACAAUUGUAACAAAUUUGUAGAUAUAUUAGGCUUAAGAACAAUAUUCCCAUUGUUCAUGAAAACACCAAAGAAAAACAGGAAAAAGGUACAAUCAGCAGAGGAGCAUGAAGAACAUGUUUGUUCUAUUAUUGCAUCCAUGCUUAGAAACUGCAGGGGAUCACAACGCCAAAGACUGAUAACCAAAUUCACAGAAAAUGACCAUGAAAAAGUAGACAGAUUACUCGAAUUGCACUUUAAGUAUUUAGAAAAAGUUGAGGAUCUUGAUGAUGCAGUUGAUGAUAACGAAGAUGAAGAUUACUUAAGACGCCUUGAAGGAGGAUUAUUUACUUUGCAAUUGGUUGAUUAUAUUAUUUUGGAAGUGUGUGCUGGUGGUCCUCCUACUAUUAAGCAAAGAGUUAUGCAGAUAUUAAACUUGCGAGGUGCCUCCCUUAAAACUAUUAGACAUAUAAUGCGUGAAUAUGCAGGAAAUCUUGGGGAGGAAGGAGAGAAAGAAUGGCGUGACCAGGAGCAACAACAUAUUUUAAAUUUGGUUGAUAAAUUUUAAUGCCUGUUUUUUUAGAUUUAUAUUAUGAUUAAAUAAACUUUUUCCUUUUUUUUUUAAAGAAAAUCUUUAUUCCUUAAAAAAUUAUAAUAAAUAAACAUUUAACUAUUAUAA